UGUUGCUAAUGAGAUAAACCCCUCAACGGGAAAUAUCUCUUACACAAUCUUACCCAAAAUAAAAUAUCAUUUAUAUUCAUUUCUACACAUACCAUCUUCAUUUGCAGAUAUUGGACACUGUGUAAGCUUCUUCAGAAAUCUGAACCCUGGAUCCGCCAAUCUGCCACUGAGUCUCAGUGUAGCUAAAAAAUGGCAAUGCCGACUUUCAAUGCUAUAUCACAUUGUCAUCACAGGCUCUGGUGGCAACCCAACACUUCCAAGCUUCCAGUUUCUUGCUAUAUGCCACCUCCUUCAUUCACAGGUCCACAAGGUUCUAGAGCAGGCUAUAAGCGAUCUGGUAGAUUGGAAGGAGCUGGAAAGAGCAUGGAAGACUCGGUUCAGCGGAAAAUGGAACAGUUCUAUGAAGGGUCUAAUGGUCCGCCUCUCCGUAUUCUUCCGAUUGGUGGUCUAGGAGAAAUUGGAAUGAACUGCAUGCUUGUAGGAAAUUAUGAUCGUUAUAUUCUGAUUGAUGCUGGCGUCAUGUUCCCAGACUAUGAUGAACUCGGUGUUCAGAAAAUUAUUCCCGAUACUACAUUUAUAAAAAAGUGGAGUCAUAAGAUUGAAGCGGUUGUUAUAACACAUGGACACGAAGACCACAUUGGUGCUUUGCCUUGGGUUAUACCUGCACUGGAUAUACGUACUCCAAUAUUUGCAUCAUCCUUUACGAUGGAGCUUAUCAAGAAGCGCUUGAAGGAAUCUGGGAUAUUUGUGCCAUCUAGGCUCAAGACAUUUAAAACAAAGAGGAAAUUUGUUGCUGGGCCGUUCGAGAUAGAGCCUAUCCGAGUGACCCAUUCGAUUCCAGAUUGUUCUGGACUAGUUCUUCGGUGUUCAGAUGGUAUUAUUCUUCAUACCGGGGAUUGGAAGAUAGACGAGUCACCACUCGACGGGCAAGUUUUUGACCGUGAAGGUUUAGAAGAGCUCUCGAAAGAGGGAGUAACUUUGAUGAUGAGUGAUUCAACAAACGUACUAUCACCUGGAAGGACAACAAGUGAAACCGUUGUUGCGGAUUCACUACUUCGGCAUAUCACAGCUGCUAAAGGAAGGGUUAUUACAACUCAAUUUUCAUCAAAUAUUCAUAGACUUGGAAGUGUGAAAGCUGCAGCUGAUUUAGCUGGCAGAAAGUUGGUAUUUGUUGGUAUGUCUUUAAGAACAUACCUUGAUGCUGCAUGGAAGGAUGGAAAGGCUCCAAUUGAUCCUUCGACUCUCGUGAAAGUUGAAGAUAUAGAUGCUUAUGCCCCAAAGGACUUGGUAAUUGUCACUACAGGCUCUCAAGCAGAACCUCGUGCGGCACUUAACCUUGCAUCAUAUGGAAGCAGUCAUUUUUUCAAGCUGAACAAAGAAGACACAAUUUUGUAUUCUGCUAAGGUGAUCCCCGGCAAUGAAUCUAGAGUUAUGAAAAUGUUAAAUCGUUUAUCCGAUAUCGGACCAACAAUAAUAAUGGGCAAAAAUGAGCAAUUACACACCUCGGGUCAUGCCUAUCGUGAAGAAUUGCAAGAGGUGCUGAGGAUUGUGAAGCCACAACAUUUUUUACCCAUCCAUGGAGAACUCUUAUUCCUCAAGGAACAUGAAGUACUUGGAAGAUCCACUGGAAUUCAUCACACUGCCGUCAUAAAGAAUGGAGAAAUGCUUGGGGUUUCACAUUUGAGGAACAGAAGAGUGUUGUCAAAUGGUUUCGCAGCCCUGGGAAAAGAAAAUUUGCAGUUGAUGUAUAGUGAUGGCGACAAAGCAUUCGGUACAUCUGCUGAUCUCUGUGUAGAUGAGAGGAUGAAAAUAGCAUCAGAUGGAAUAAUAGUUGUGAGCAUUGAAAUUAUGCGUCCUCAAUCUACGGAGAGUUUAUUUAAAGAAAACCUAAAAGGAAAAAUAAGAAUAACGACACGCUGCUUAUGGCUUGACAAUGGCAAACUUUUAGAUGCUCUUCAUAGUGCUGCACAUGCUUCACUAUCAAGUUGUUCAAUCAAAAGUCCCUUGCCUCACAUAGAGAGAACGGUAUCAGAGGUUUUAAGGAAAAUGGUACGAAAAUACAGUGGUAAGAGGCCUGAAGUCAUAACGCAUGCUAUUGAAAACCCUGCUGCUGUUCUGGCUGAUGAGAUCAAUGGGAAGUUGUCAGGUGUAAAACCUGGUUUUGAGUUGCCUUUUCUGAAAAAAGAAACGGUAGACGGAAGCCCAAAAAAGAAACGGACAAAUAAGAUACAAGAAGAAAGCAAAAGUCUUGAUCUUUCCAUGGGCCUACGUGAAAGUAAAGGUGAUGAGAUGAAUGAUGAUGGAUUAUUAUCUGAGGAAGAAGUUGCAACUAGUUCUGACUCAGCAGGGAGCACGGUUUCUGAUUCUGAGUCAUCAGAUGAUUUCUAUAAAGCGUACAUAACACCAGAACCUCUUGACCAAUCAGAAAACAGUAGCACAGACUCUAAUACAAAGAAGCCUCUGAAAAGAAACAGAUGGAAACCAGAAGAAGUAAGAAUGCUUAUCAAGUUUCGGGGGGAGUUGAAUAGUAGAUUCCAAGUUGUGAAGGGACGAAUGGCCCUUUGGGAAGAAGUAUCAGUAAACCUAUCCAAUGAGGGUUUUAGUCGAAGCCCAGGCCAGUGUAAAUCUUUAUGGGCUUCACUGGUUCAGAAAUACGAGGAAAGUAAGAAUGAACCUGAAAGCAAUAAAAGCUGGCAAUAUUACGAGGACAUGGAUAGCAUUUUAUCCACUCCUGAUGAUGCCAUGGCACAUAAAUGAUCCAAGAACUAAGAGGUGUCAAUUUCCCGCAUUCAGGGGACUGAAAAUCUUCACAUAUAUUGCCGACCGAAGGGAUUUGCACACGGUAUUCUUUAAGGUUGCUUGUUAUAACAUUAAGUAGAGUAAAAUGGUAAAGCUAAUGGCAGUGAGCAGCACAAUUUUUGUAAUUCAGUGUAGAAAAUAGUAUUGUAGAACUCAAGUGUUAUCUCUUAAAAGUAAUUAGCCGAUGAGCGUAUUUUUGUCUC